CUAAUUCGCUGAGCGACAAGAAGAAGAAGAAGAAGCAGAGAGGAAGCCUCCAGAGGGGUGAGACUUUGUGUCGGAGGGACUCUCGCAAGGUCAAGGGCGCGCUCGGACACGGCAACUCGAGUGCAAGGAAAAGAAACUCGAAGGAAAUCUAAGGAGAGAGACAGAGAUGUAUUAGGGGGAGGAGGAAAGAGUUGGCUGGGUGGAGCGAGCAAGUCUGGGCUUUGGGGGAAUCAGUCGGUGCUGCUCGUCGCGUGGCGAUGGCGCAGAGUAACUGGGAGGCCGAUAAGAUGUUGGAUGUGUAUAUAUACGACUAUCUGAUAAAGAGAAACCUGCAAGCAUCAGCCAAAGCAUUUUUGAACGAGGGGAAGGUUUCGUCGGAUCCUGUUGCCAUCGAUGCGCCUGGAGGGUUUCUAUUUGAAUGGUGGUCAGUAUUUUGGGAUAUUUUCAUUGCUCGCACAAAUGAGAAGCAUUCGGAAGUGGCAGCCUCGUACAUCGAGACACAACAGUUGAAGGCUCGUGAGCAGCAACAGCAGCAACUUCAGCAGCAGCAGCAGCAGCAACAACAACAACAACAAGCUCAGGCGCAGGCUCAGGCUCAGGCCCAGCAGCAGCAGCAACAAGUGCAGCAACAGCAAGCACAACAACAGCAGCAUGCUCAGCAGCAGCAGCAGCAGGUCCAGCAACAACAGGUGCAGCAACAACAAGUGCAUCAACAGCAAGCUCAGCAUCAACAACAGCACCAACAGCAACAAGCCCAAGCACAACAACAGCAACAACACCAGCAGCAGCAGUUGCAGCAGAUUGCAAGAAAGAGAAAGCAGGCGGCGUCAUCCUCGGGCCCUGCAAACAGUACAGGAACCGGGAACACAGCGGGUCCGAACUCGGCACCUUCGACCCCAUCUACACACACGGCUGGGGACGUAAUGUCCAUGGCUGGAGCAUUGCAACAUAGUGGCAGCAUCUCAAAGUCGUUACUGAUGUAUGGUGCCGAUGGGACUGGGACGUUGGCAUCACCAUCGAACCAGCUGGCUGAGAUAGAGCGUUUUGGCGAGGAUGGGUCGUUGGACGACAACGUGGAAUCGUUCCUGUCCCACGAGGAGGCAGACCCACGAGAAUCUCUAUUCGGCAGCAGCAAGAGGAGUCCUGCCGGACACAGUAUGGACGUAUCCAAAGGUUUCUCGUUCAACGAGGUGACGUGCCUGCGGGCUAGCACGAGCAAAGUGGUGUGCUGACAUUUUUCAUCCGACGGGAAGUUGUUGGCGAGUGCUGGGCGCGACAAGAAGGCUGUUUUGUGGAACAUGGACACGCUGAGUCUGAAGAGUUCACUGGAGGAGCAUUCGUUGCUGAUCACGGACGUGAGGUUCCAUCCAAAUGCAGCACGGCUGGCAACAUCGUCGUUCGACAAAACAGUGCGGGUGUGGGACGCCGACAAUCACAACUACUCGCUGCGGACUUUCACGGGGCAUCAGACAUCGGUGAUGUCGUUGGAUUUCCAUCCGUUGAACCAGGAUCUUCUGUGUUCGUGCGACGGCGACAGCGAGAUUCGGUACUGGAGCGUGAAUCAGGGAAUAUGCACACGAGUGUUCAAGGGGGGGAUGACGCAAAUGAGGUUUCAACCUCGGCAAGGAAGGCUGCUUGCAGCCGCCGCAGAGAACGUGGUUUCAAUUUUCGACGUGGAGUCAGAAACAUGCGUGCACACCCUGCAGAGACAUACGAAACCGGUGCACUCCGUGUGCUGGGAUGCGAGCGGGGACUUCGUAGCGUCUGUGAGCGAGGAUUCGGUGAGAGUGUGGAACUUGGGGUCGGGCGGAGCGGAAGGAGAGUGCAUCCACGAGCUGAGCUGCAACGGGAACAAGUUCCAUUCAUGCGUGUUCCAUCCGAAUUACCCGUCGCUGCUAGUGAUCGGUUGCUAUCAGUCACUGGAGCUGUGGAACAUGGUGGAAAAGCAAAGCAUGACGGUGCCAGCGCACGAGGGCCUGAUAGCGGCUCUGGCGUCAUCAGCGGCUACCGGGAUGGUGGCGUCGGCGAGUCACGACAAGUCCGUGAGGUUAUGGAAGUAG